GAGAGUGAUGACUCCGAAGACAUUAUUAUAUUGUUGCCAGUGUCUCAAACGCCUCAGCUUACUUCAGUGAACAUCGCCUAUUCGUCAAACUUACAUCGCGUUGCAAGCUACGGCUUACCAGUUACCGCUUAGUUCGCACUGAGUGAGGCGAGCGUCGCAUCGUCUGUCGUGCUCUGCGUAGCUUUUCACGGCAGCAUCUCGUGCCGUUCGCACGUCCGCCCGCCCUAAACGCACAUCAGUUAUAACGCGCUUAGUGUUACUGAACAUGUUCAGUGUUCCUUUGUUUUAAUAUGUACAAAAAAGUUAACAAAUUGUUCGGAUUUUAAUUCUGAAGGAGACAGGAUUCAAACACCUGGCCGAAUACUUAAAAAGUGGUGGCACGAGCAGAUGGGGCACGUGCGCAAACCAGCGCUGGCUCGCGGCUGACUUCUGACGUGCUUCCAUUCGACAUGAACGAAUUGUCCGUCUCUUAUACCGAUCCGUCAAGAAUGCAAAUCUACUCGCAGCACCCGACGGAACUAUCUAUUCACGCUGUGUCCACUGCCGAAUUGUUGAAACCAAAAGAGGAACCGGUAUACAACCUGUCACCGUCUGCUUUAUGCACCGUUACUCUACCGCAUACUGGAGGUCUAUCCUACGAUAGUCGCAUGUGUCUCCAGGAGUCAAACACUCCAGACUCCUUCAAUCAGCCCGAGAUGAAGGAAGCUGAAGAUUUCUCUCGGGUCUAUCAGACCCUUACCCUCUCUGCGCUUUCCAGAGACGAUUCUGCUAAUUCACCUACAAGCAGCGAGAAUAAGCCCAAGCCAAAGCCUACCCCGGCAGCUUGUCCUGGCAGUUCGCCUGAAAUGAACCCACAGUCUACUACACCGUCUUCACAGGCACUCACAAAACCGCCAUACUCUUACGUGGCUCUGAUUGCUAUGGCUAUCACCAAUAGCCAGAAUAAGCGCGCAACCCUAAGUGAAAUAUACGCUUACAUUACCAAAAAAUUUCCUUUCUUCGAGAAGGAUAAAAAGGGCUGGCAAAAUUCAAUCAGACACAAUCUGAGCCUGAACGAAUGCUUCAUUAAAGUACGCAGAGAGGGCGGAAGUGAAAGCAAGGGAAAUUAUUGGACACUUGAUCCGCAAUGCGGAGACAUGUUCGUGAAUGGCAACUUCAGGCGGCGACGUCGUAUGAAGAGACCAUUCAGGGCCGCUCCAUAUAAGACAAUGUUCGACGGCUACGUCGCCCACGGUGGUCAACAUCCCCACAUGCCCAUCCAGCUCGGGCACAGGAACUACUUCGGUUCUAGUACACCCUAUCCUCCGUCUUACCCGAGAUAUGAUGCAUGGCUGAGUCAGCCGACAGGCGGAUUGGGUUACCCUGCUCCGAUAGCUCGCAGUCCCCCUGGUUGCUCCCCCCAGGCGUCUAACGUGAACCCCUUCUCCACCCACCAAAACCAAGGACAGUUACAGAGCCCGUUGCAAUCCAUGCAACCGAUGACAAUGAAUUACAAUACGCUCAAUGUUGCCGCCAUAGGUGAGUUUGAUGGCUCUUCUAGUCCUGGAUCUGGUUACGCCGCUGGUAGCUUCUCUCCAAAUCGUCAUCAUGAUAUUGUCACUUUAUCUGAUGCUGUUUCUCGUUUUUCUUUUUGGCCCGAAGGUGGAUCGUCAAGUCCCAACUCUGGAUAUGUCCCAACUAACUUCUCCCCCCGCAGACAUGAAGCUGUCUCCUCCUCCGAUGCUGCUGGUCGCUACUCUUUCUGGCCUGACGUUGGUGUUAAAGAAGAAUCGUCUUCAAGCCUUGUGGCGAAUGGAGGUUAUACUAAGUAUUUCAUGUAAUUUAUUCUUCCAAGGCUCUCUAUAUGUGUCAUUUAUUAAUGCUGUCUAUGUGGUCAUUAAAGUUUCUGACUGUUAGAAUAUUUAGAAGUGACCCAUGUUUAAGGCGUAUUUAAAAUUCAAGAAAAAAACAUAUUUUAAUAAAUUUAAGGGAAAGCUAUAUGACUUUAAAUAAAAUAAAAUGGAUAAGAUUACUCAAACAAAAAAUACUUUGAUACAUAAAUUUUGUUCAUAAUUUUGAUGUAUUAACAUAUUAUGCUUUCCUUGGAGAUUGGAAUAUUUUUUUUAGAUAAUUUUCCAGAAAUUAUCCUGGAAGAGACAAUACCGGUAAAAUUGUUAAGCUGUUAUUUAAUGUUUUCCAACAUUCCACCGAUGAUAUAUCGAGGGAUUAAUUAAUCUUCCUAAAAGUUAAUGAUCUUUAUCACGAAUGUGCUGGUAUACCAAAGAAAACAGGGUCACUCUUUACUAUGGUAACUUUUACUAGUAUUUUUGGGAAGUUUAUCGAAAUUUAGUGUAAGAACGUGGAGUUACAGGCUUUUUUAUCUCUAGUGAAGUUUUUGAAAAGCCUUCUUGUAACUCCUCGUGUAACUUAGUUUAAACAAUUUACAAUUCUGGAUGUCAAAUAAAUGUCUAUAUAAACUUCGUGUAUAAAAUGUUAAACUGAGCUUUCAAAACUGAUAUUAAUUUGAAGUAAACUAUUUUGUUAUACUCUUUUUUAUCUACAAUUCAGCUAUAAUCCUGAGGAUCUCUUACAAUAUAAAGCAUUCCUUAUUAUUUGCCAACGUUUGUGUAAGGUGUAACGGUUCUGAAACUUGUAAGGGCUGUUUACGUUGUGUCAACUAGGUAUCCCAAAGUAGUAAACCCGUAAUUAAUGAUAAGUUGUAAACUACUAUAAGUUAAAAAUUUCAUAAAUUAUUAUAUUUUUUAUUUAAAUAUAAAAUAGUACCUUAUAUAUAUGUUUACGAUUUUUCUUCUUUAGUAGUAUACCUAUCGAUGGCUGUUUUAUUACUUUUCAAUGUAGUAAACUUUAAAAUACAUGUAUUACAAAAACUAAUAUUGCUGUUGUUUCAUGUUUUUACUUAUCAAUGUAUCUAAUUAAGUGAUUGAAGUAAAAGUUUGGAUUCUUAAUGCACCUUCAUAGCUAGCUGUAUAUAUCGAUGCUACCAGUAGCUGGUUUUGAGGGUUCAUUAAUGUGUUGACAAUAAAAUUUGCAUGAAUUGGUGGUGUCUUCGGUGUUAUAGGUUAUAAGGCCUAGUUAUGUAAACUUCUGAUUUUGAAAUGUGAUUUUGUUGCUCUGUCAAUAUUUUUUAAUUAUAAGUCUGUUAAUCUGCUUAGUUGAAAUAUUAUUGAGCGUAAAUAAAGAUCUUAAUA